CCGGUUUGAGUUAUAGUCUAACUUCAAAAAGCCCCGAUUCGAUUCAACCCCCCAUUCUAGCUCCCCCGGGUGCGAUUACCGAAGGCCCUCGUUGCAACUCUGCGCCCGACCCGACCCUGCCCGACUCCAGUCACAGGAUGCGCAUCGCAGGCCCGAAGGGUUCUGCGAUGGCUGCCCCAUUUCCUGUGCCCAGAAAUCCAUCUGAAAGGGUACUACGCCUGGUUCGGCACCGCCACCCAUAUGAUACAUUUAAAUGCGUCAACUAGGCACGACCUUGGGACAUGCCUCCCACUAUUCACGGCUACCACACCUCCGGCUUUCCCGGCCUCCUUCCGACCCUCCUAUCCGUCCAACGGAUGCUUCAAUCGUCCUGAGCAGCGACGGCUAAAGUAACGGUCGCACAAUAUGGCCUUCGCGCAACGGGGCCAUCCACCGAUCCUUCCGACUGUCGCCACACAUAUCCAUUCUCUAUCAGGUCUGCUCGGUAUGCUUGCUAUUGCUAUUGUUAUCGUUCUCCGCCGUCGCUCUGUCGUCCUUACCCAUAGCCAUUGGAAGGUGAUCACCUGUAACCGUCGGAAGACGGUCCUCGUCGUUGGAGAGUACGAGCGUCCGGUGGAAGAUACGAGCAUGGGAAAGAGUUGUUCCUCGCUGGAAAUCAUGGAGGCUAUUGGAAGGAAACCAGCUGGAAGUAGCUGAUGCGUGAAGGCGAGGAAGCAGUGAGAUUUUUUUCAGAGGGUCUUUCCAUUGUUAGCUCGGGCAUAUGGAAGGGAGAAGGAGACAUGUGCGGAGGAGGAUGGAUAUGUGUAGUUACUGGUGGAGGGGCCGGGAGUGAUAUUUGAUUUCUUAUAUGCGCUCCUGUCCUUUCCCUUAGUUAGCCAAGUGUGAAAUACAUAUCUUCCUUCCCUACCUAAA